AUGUCGGGUUUUGCAAAAUAUUUGAAGGAGCUGUUGAUAAAGAAGAGACUGAUCAAGCACGACACUGUGUGUUUGACUCAUCGUGUUAGUUCUAUCAUAUCUACAACCAGUGUUCAGAAGAAAGAAGAUCCAGGGGCCUUUACUAUUCCAUGUUCUGUUGGUCACCAUGAUUUUGCUCGUGCUUUAUGUGAUAAUAGGGCUAGCAUUAGCCUCAUGUCGCUUGCUAUCUAUAAGCAAUCGAGGUUGGGAAUACCCAGGCCUACCACCAUGCGACUACAGAUGGCUGAUAGAUCUAUAAAGAGGCCAGUUGGGGUUGUUGAUGAUGUGCUUGUUCGGGUUGGCGAAUUCCUUCUGCCGGCAGAUUUCAUAAUUCUUGAUUGUUCUGUUGAUCGAGAUAUCCCUAUUAUUCUAGGGAGACCUUUCCUUGCCACGGGAAGGGCUCUUAUGGAUUCAGAGAAGAACGAGAUCAAGUUUCGUGUUAAUGAUGAAGAGGUGACUUUUCAGGCUAGCAAGGGAAUGAAGCUAUCGAGUGCUUACGAAAGCAUUUUGGUUAUUGAUGCUAUUGAUGUGAUAGAUGAGGCUAUUGAAUUUAAAAUAGAAGAAGAAUGUUUGGGUGAGGCUCUAGCAUCUAUAUUGGUGAACCUCGAUUGUAAUGAUAUGGAAGGUUACGUGGAGACUGUUAAUUCUCUUGUUGGGUUGGGUUCCUACUCUUACCAACCAAAGAAGCAAGAUCUUGAUCUUGAGAACAGAAAGACUCCUCCAGCAAAGCCAUCUAUUAUAGAGCCACCUAAGCUUGAGCUUAAGCAGUUUCCUUCACAUCUAAGGUAUGAGUUUCUGGGUCCGGAUAAUACUUUGCCAGUGAUUGUGUCUGCAUUAUUGAAUAAUGAGCAAAUGAAGAAGUUGUUAGAGAUUAUGAGAGAGUAUAGACGUGCAAUUGGGUGGACCAUUGCUGACAUUCGGGGUAUUCCUGCUGUUGUUUGUGAGCACAAAAUUCAACUCGAGAAGGAUAGGACACCGAGCGUUGAACAUCGGUGGAGAUUGAAUCCACCCAUGCAAGAGGUGGUCAAGAAAGAGAUCAUCAAGUGGUUAGAUGUUGGAGUUGUUUAUCCUAUUGCAGAUAGUAAAUGGAGAUGUGAGGACCCUAAUCUUGUGCUUAAAUGGGAGAAGUGCCAUUUUAUGGUGAAGGAAGGGAUCGUCCUCGAUCACAAAAUCUCUAAGAAAGGGAUUGAGGUUGAUCAAGCUAAAAUAGAUGUCAUUGCCAAGCUUCCUCCACCCAUCUCUGCGUUUGAUGAGUUGAAGGAGCGUCUUACUUUUGAUCCUAUUAUUGUUUCACCAGAUUGGUCACUACCAUUCGAGCUGAUGUGUGAUGCGAGUGGUUUUGUAGUUGGUGCAGUGUUUGGUCAAAGGAAUAAUAAGAUCGUGCACCCAAUUUACUAUGCCAGCAAAAUACUCAAUGCGGCGCAGAUGAAUUAUACUAUUACUGAGCAAGAGUUGCUUGCUAUAGUCUUUGCAUUCGAGAAAUUCAGGGCCUAUCUUUUGGGGUCCAAAGUGGUUGUAUACACUGAUCAUGCAACAUUGAGGUAUUUGAUGGUUAAAAAAAAUGCAAAACCACGAUUGAUUUGA